UCUACUAAACUAAAAUUUCCAAAUUUGUACAGGGCAUUGCUAGAAAACUCGUAAAAGCUGCCCUACAGGAAGCUGCGUUAGAAAAGAGAAAUGAUAUACGCAGAUCUGAGAAGGAUAGAUAGAGGUGUGAGGCGGCAUUUUCAUGACGAUAUCACAGUCAUUUGUUAAGAGAUUGCAUUAGAUCACUAUGGCGAUGGAAUAAGCCUUUAUGGGAGGAACCUGACUUAUGGUGUUGGAAUUCACUGCACUAUGCUGUUAAAUUAGGAUUGGCGGGCGUAGUAUCUGAUAUGCUGGCGUGGAAAAAAUCCUUAGUGUUCUAUGCUGUUAAAUUAGGAUUGGCGGGCGUAGUAUCUGAUAUGCUGGCGUGGAAAAAAUCCUUAGUGUACCUUCCGGCAGGCAGUGAAUAUGACUGGAUGACAGCAAUUCACAUUGCAGCAAGUGAAGGUGACGUAAACAUGAUAGAGAAGCUAUUAAAUCACUGCCCCGAUUGUUGGGAUACGCUUAACAGCAACAGUCAAAAUGCUCUUCAUGUUGCCAUACUGAACAAUCAAGACAAGGUAGUCCGGUUCUUAUUAGGCUGCGACGACAACAUUCCUCUCCAUUUGCUUGUUGCCUCUGGUAACCAUGUGCGUGAAUUAAUAAACCAUCCUAGAGCAAAGAAGAUGACAUUUAACAAAGAAAACCAGACUCCACUUGAUAUAGCAUUGUCAUGCAAAGCGACAACAAAGAAGGAGAAAUUGGUGAAGGAUUUGUGUAGCAUUGGCCAAUUUGGAAAACGUGACUUUGAGGUAAAGCGGAAGUACGAGUACAUGCUCAAUCCAAAUGAUGAAACGGGAACAGGAGUCAAAAUGCAACUGAGGGAAAAUGAUCACGAUAAAGCUAUAAAGGAAGAUCAAACAGUAAUAGAAAUUAUUAUGAAGUCAGCUCAAUUCCAUAUUGUCGUGGCCACUUUGAUAAUGACGAUCACUUUCGCCGCUGGUAUCACAUUGCCAGGAGGUUUUGAGAGCGACCCAGAUAGCCCUAAUAAAGGGAUGGCGAUUCUAAUAAGGAAAACAACAUUUCGUGCAUUUGUUGUUUCCGAUGCCAUUGCCUUCACAUUCUCGGCUGUUUCCAUAUUCAUCUACUUCAUCAUGGCAAGUGUAGUUCCAAAACCUGAAAAUGAAAAAAUUAUACAGAAGCUUUAUGAUAACGCAGCAAUUUGUCAGUGCUUGUCAAUGUUAGCAGUUGUAAUUGCAUUCUCAACUG